UUCAGUUUUCUCAUCAGUCGAAUGAGAAACGCUGUUGCGUGAGCGUGAAGUGGCUUGACUAGUUUUCAAUCGUGUGCAUAUUUCUCUCAAGUUUUAACAGUGUGCGUGGCUUUUAAAUUUAAAAACAAGUUCUGUCAGUCAGUGCACACACAGUUUGGGAUUACAUUGCAGUUUCACAAGGAAAAGUGGAAAAAAAUAGCCAAUAUGAUAACUGUCGAUGGAUCAGGUUAAAAAAAAAAAUUCUUACCAUUCCUGGUGGAUUUUUUUAUCAAACAUCUCCACAAUGUGGAUCGAGAAUAAAAAUUGAGAUGCCAGAUCGAGGCUAAAAGUAAAAGCUCGACUUUCGAGUUUUAAGAAACAAACAACAAAACAGAAAUUAAACCAAAAAAAAAGAAAAAAAAAUGUAUUCUUUCAGUAAAAAAUUAUCUCCUGCAUUUGCAAUAAUUUUAAUAAUUUUUAGUAUAAAAUGUCAUGGAUUAGAAGGACCCAAUGUCUGUACAAGACAAGAACAAUAUCAAGUUUCAGUUAAGGUAUCUGAACAGAAGCCUUAUAUGGAACGAGAACACACUUGGUGCCUCAGUUUUCCUCCUAGGUGUUCAAAAUACAAAGUAAUUUACAAGACUGUAUAUAACAUUCAGACAUUAACAAAAACGAAACCUGUCGAAGAAUGCUGCAAAGGUUACACCUUAACGACAGAUGGAGAUCGGUGUAUUCCAAUUUGUUCGGAGGAUUGUCGUCAUGGAACAUGCUCCGCUCCGGACGUAUGUACUUGUGAACCAGGAUAUGGUGGUCCACUUUGCGAUAUCAAAUGUCCAUUCGGCAAGUGGGCGAAGGACUGUAAGAAGGAUUGCAAUUGUAGAAAUGGCGCCAAUUGUGAUCCGUUCGAUGGAAAAUGCAUAUGUCCACGUGGCUGGGAGGGUGAAUCGUGUGAUGAAAAAUGUCCCCCCGAUAGUUAUGGACAAAAUUGCGCGGAAAAAUGCCGCUGUCAUAAUGGUGGUAGCUGUCAUCAUAUUUCUGGUGAAUGCCAUUGUACUCCCGGAUACACUGGACCACUCUGCAUGGACCUUUGUCCUGCUGGAAAACACGGCGAAGAAUGCAAAUCCGAAUGUCGCUGUCAAAACGGCGGUUCAUGCAAUCCCAGAACUGGAGAAUGUAUCUGUACUUCCGGCUGGGUGGGCUCCGUCUGCGCGAAUCGAUGUCCCGAAGGAAACUGGGGAAAUAAUUGCACAAAAAUCUGUGAUUGUUAUAAUGGCGCGUCUUGUCAUCAUAUUUCUGGUGAAUGCGUCUGUAAGCCUGGUUUUAAAGGCGAUAAAUGUUUCGAGAAGUGUCCCGAGGGUAAAUACGGCGAGAAUUGCUCAAGUCGAUGCAACUGUCGAAAUGGGGCUUCAUGUAAUCCAAUUGAUGGCAGAUGUGAAUGCAGUCCGGGAUGGAGGGGAAGAUUUUGUGUCGAAAGAGCAUGUUCCGAUGGACAGUACGGUCCCAAUUGCGAAAAGGUCUGUCAAUGUACAAAAGAAAAUACAGAACUUUGUCAUCCCUGGGACGGUGAAUGCAUGUGCAAACCAGGCUGGGGUGGAAAAACAUGUUCCCGACCAUGUCCAUUAUUAAUGUACGGCAAGAAUUGCGAGCAUAAAUGCAAAUGCAAAAAUAAUUCCCAAUGUUCGCCGGUGAAUGGCUCUUGUAUUUGUGCUGCUGGAUUCCGUGGCGAAGACUGCAGUCAGGAAUGUCCUGAAAAUACGUACGGCGAGGAUUGUGCGCAAAAAUGUGCCUGCAAAAAUGGUGCCAAUUGUCUUAGGGAAAAUGGUCGAUGCAAUUGCACAGCUGGAUGGGUUGGUGUCUUAUGUGAUCGUCCUUGCAACGACAAAUUCUUUGGUCUGGAUUGUGAAAAUAAAUGCCAGUGCAAAAAUAACGCGGCCUGCAAUCCGCAGAAUGGCUCCUGUACCUGUGCGGCUGGGUUCACUGGUUUACAUUGUGAAACCCGAUGUGACAAAGGAUUCUUCGGACAUAAUUGCUCGCAGGUCUGCGAUUGUAAUCCCGACAAUAGUAUUGACUGUGAUCCAGCAACCGGUCGUUGUAUCUGCAAGCCUGAAUGGCGAGGAAUAAAAUGCGAAACUCAAUGUCCGCCUGGACAUUAUGGAGAAAAUUGUCACGAACAAUGCAACUGUAAGAACAAUAGUUCGUGUGAUGCGAAUACCGGAAUUUGUGUCUGCUCCCGAGGAUGGGAAGGUCCAGACUGUAAUCAACCUUGCAAAGAAGGAUAUUAUGGUGUUGGAUGUAAAGAAAAAUGUCCUGAAAAAACUCAAGGAAACAUGACUUGCGAUCAUGUCACUGGAGAAUACAUUUGCAGACCAGGUUACUUAGGACUUACUUGUGAACAUCCUUGCCCUCCAAGUAGAUAUGGAAUGAAUUGUGCAAAACAUUGUACCUGCAAAAAUGGCGGUGAAUGUCAUCAUGUCACAGGAAAAUGUCAAUGCUUCCCUGGAUGGCAAGGUGAUCAUUGUCAAAUUCCCUGUCCUGAAGGAACGUAUGGUACCAAUUGUACACAACACUGCAAGUGUCAAAAUCAUGGACAAUGCAGACCCCACGAUGGAUCAUGUAAAUGUAUGCCAGGCUGGGCUGGCACAAGAUGCACUGAAAUUUGCCCUGAAGGCUAUUAUGGAGAUCACUGUAUGAAACCCUGUGAAUGCAAAAGCGAUUGGUUCAUUUGUCAUCCAGCUGACGGAUGUAUUUGCAAACACGGAUUCACAGGUUCAAAUUGCGAUGAACCUUUAAUGUUUAAAAAUAUUCAAGAGAAAGAAGAGGCGGGUAUUGGAAGUAUUGUUGCAGGAGUUUUUGCUGCAAUUAUGGUAAUUGCAAUUUCUCUUGCUGCUUGGUUCUAUCAUCGAAGACGUGUUGCUGAUCUCAAAAAGGAAAUGGUUCAAGUUCAAUAUAUUGCUGAACCAGUAACACCAACAGACCGAACACAAUUCGAUAAUCCUGUGUAUUCUUAUCAAGGAUCAUCCAGGUUUGAUGAUGGAACUGCAACGUUACUUAAUAAUGUUCAGAUUAGGAACGAUCUUGGCAGGAAAAAUAUAAAUAUCGAGAAAAUGAAACUCGGAGGACAUGAUGAUGACGAUGAAAGUUGCAGAGGAGCCUACGGAUCGUACGAUCAUUCAGCCCCUCAAAAAAAUAAAGAGGCAGAUUUGGGAAAUCCCAAUGUAAAUAUAUAUUAUAGCAUUGACGAGAUGGACAGCAAGAAGGGUGAGCAUUUCUAUGAGGAUAUAAAACAUAAAACUGCCGAAAUGGAAUACGAUCAUUUGGAUUAUUCACCAUCAGCUCAAAACGAAUGGAAACUUCAUUAUCAUCACAUGGCCAAUGGAUUUGGCUCAAAGGAUGGAAGUGGUCCCAGUAAGUCAAAGGAUCAAGAUCCCGAAUGUGGUCGAAAGUAAUUAAAUUGUGGUCUUCGAUUCGAAAAAAAA